AUGAAGGCGCUGACUUGGCAGAGUAAGCAUCCUCUCGCGCUCAAGGACGUGCCAGGGCCUACGGCCACCGAGGCACGUGUUGUCAUCAUCAAGAUCACCGCCACAAUGAUUUGUGGCUCGGAUCUGCAUCUCUGCGGUGGCAACAUCUUGCAGCUGAAAAAGGAGUGCAUGGGUGUCUUCAAUGAUGCAGGGCAAGCAGUGAAAUUCAGCAUCUCCUGUGGCGAGUGCAAAUUCUGCAAGAUGAAUCUCAACAGCGUGUGCGAAAGGACGAACAGCAGCAACGGAAUGGACAAGCUCUAUGAUCACACGCUCAAGGUUCCUGAUGGCCUACUCGACGAGAGGGCCUUUAUGUUGACCGAUAUCAGCUGCACAUCCUACCACUCUAGGGCUGAGAAUGCGGCAAUAUGGGGUGCGGGACCGAUUGGACAGCAUUUCGUGCAGUGGCUUCAGGUCUUUGGCGCAAAGGGGAUCAUUCUCAUUGACAACGUCCAGACGCACCUCGACUACGCCAAAUGCACAUUAAACGACGUUGCAACACACGCGGGCAAGGCGCAGAUCAAGACGCUCAACUUUAACAGCAAGGCGGACUGCCCCCGAGGUCAGUUCCUGACCAAGAAGCUGUACGAGCUGGAGCCGCUCGGGAUCAAUGUCAGAUUUGACGAGGCCGGCUUUCGAUACGAGAGGAGCAUCGCGCACACGGCCAUACGCGCCGUCGCGCUCAAGACAGACACGCCCGAGACGCGAAAUGAAUGCAUUCAGGCAAUACCAAAAUUUGUACGCAUCAGCACCGCCGCGGACUGUGCCGGCCUUGGUAAUGGCUUUAACAUCGGUGGGCUGAUGGAGAAGUGCCUGAACGGCUUUAGUAAUUGCCACGCACCCGUUCAGCUCUACGCCACGGAGGUACUGGAAAAGUACAUUAAUUUCAGCAUCGACAUGUUCCCCAAGCUGUAUGUUGCCUUCAACGAGAAGAGAUUCGACGAGGAGCACAAGCCGAUCCUCAAGUGA